UUAGGACAAAGAAUAAUAUUUCUUCAUACGUAAGUUUAUCUAGUUUUUAAUCAAGUUUUCCCUCUUCAAUCAACUGUUGAUCACAAAGAUUCCUACAUAGCCGAACGUGUACCUGCAAGAAUAUAAGAUGGGUCUCGGAGCAAACCACUGUAAAGGAGUCUGGGCACCGAGAGAAGUCUCUCUGACCACUCUGUCUGUAGCUGCCGUGUACUGCCUUAUCACAGUGCCUGGUAAUCUCCUAAUCAUCCUGUCAGUUCUUCUAGACCCCAAAAAGAGCCUCCGCCGUACACCUUACAUUCUCCUGGUACUAAACCUAGCCAUCACUGACUUGAUAGUUGGUGCUAUGGUCGAGCCAUUUUCAAUGUACACCCAUGUAAGGGAAGCAGCCCGCCUGUCAAUCAGCUACUCAUGGCUGUCACAGUUUGUGUACUUUAUAUGCUGUACCGCUUCCCUUCUGAGUUUGUGCAUCCUGACCAUUGACAGGUACCUAGCCAUUAUUUCGCCCAUGUGGUAUCGUGUCAACAUGACCAAUCCAAGAGUCACCCAAGCGUCCGUUUUUAUCUGGCUCUUGUCGUUUGCUAGCAGCGGUUUGCUGUUUGUCACAGGAUUUGUCAUGUAUGCCUUCAUCUUCGCCAUCCUGACGCUUUUCUGCGCGAUUUUCAUCUUGGUGUUCACGUACGUUCGUAUAUUUGUGGUUGUGAAGCAAAAGGUCAAAGAUCUGAAUAAUUUGCACCAAGGCGAUGCUGAAAGGAAAAAGGCCCAAGAAAGAAACAUACUAUGGGAGAGAAAGUUAACGAAAACCCACUUGGUGAUGUUGCUGGCGUUCCUGGCCUGCUACGGCCCAGCGUGUAUCAUGAUUUUCCUGAUGAAUCUGUGCAGCAGCUGCAGCUGUGACGUCAUUCACUGGCUAAGAGAUAUGCAUUUUGUGCUGAUCACGUUCAAUUCUUUAAUCAAUCCCUUUGUGUACGCGCUGAGGUUGGCUGGGUUCAGGGAGGCGAUCCGUCACUUGCUACUCUCUUGUUUUUGCUGGAGAGGAGGAGCAGUGGCGUCGUAUAACGAUCAGGAAGCGUCGUACACAGCAGAAACCAGCAUCACUCGAUCUACGACGCUCUCUGUACCUCAGCCAGUGCAAAAUGAAUCCUCGUCUGUCGCUUAAUCACUUUGCAUAUCUUAUUCCAACUAACUCUCAUCAAUUACCCCUAACAGAGUCACGCGUAAAAUCUUCCUCUUGUUCAAUAUCGUCUGCAUAAAUAGUAAAGAGAGGCUAGCAAACCGGGGGGGGAGGGGCUGAGUUGAGAAAUAUUUACGCGUCAUGUGUGCUUUGAUUAGCAAUUAGUCCACAAGCGCGUUGGAUAUGAGAAGAUACAUGGCCAAUGAGUCCAAGUUGGCUAUAAUCAUCUCAUGUCCAACAUACGCGAGAAUAAUAAUUGUUUAAUUAAAAAUGCCCCAAAAUAUGGAUAAAAACAAACAAAAUGCUAUGCUGUACAAAAAAACACUUCUGGUUUAACUUGUCUUCAUGCGCACGCCAGGCAUAUUGGCUUGUAAACCAUGAUGACUAAGCCAACGAAAACUCUUGAAUUGUAUUAUCCAAUGAUCCAGUUUUUAAGAACAGCAUUUCAAGCUUCACGAAGGGAAAACUUAAAAUAUAACUUUACUUAGACAUCCUGUAAAAUUCACGCGUCACACAUAUUAAUCCUAGGCUUUAUCAUGUUUCUCUUUGCCACCCUCUGAAGAUCUUUUACGCUCAAAAUUCUUUUCAGUUAUUGCUGACUGCACCUAAUGUACUCGUGAGAGUCAAAGACGAGGGCGUCUUAGGGUAAAUGGAGGUGUUAUCGAUGUUUAAGGAUAUUUAGGAUAGAUCGAGCAGACUUUCCCAUUCACUCUCCAUAAGAUGCAUGCCACGCUAUAAGCUUAUAUUCACUGAAAGCUACCACAUUGAACUUGGUAUGCCUGUGGUAAAUAAUAGCAUCCCUAUAUUGACGUAGAUAUCCUUAACGCAAAUAGAUAAUCUAGAAGGAUAUCCAAUAAGAAUUCUACAACCGAGUUUAAGGCGGUAAUUCGCCAACUUGUUUUGCUCUCGUUGAGUUCUUAAUAACUUUCAUUAUCCCUGCAAGUUGAAAACAGUAUCAUGCUUGCUGAGUCAAAUAAUAAAUAGACAACCGUUGACAUACAUGCUUGGAAUGGGACACCCGUCCAAGGGAAAACGCACCUUAUUGUGUAUUAAUGAUAUCCCUUAUACCGGGAGAGCAAAUACGUUCUUUACUUACUGUGUAUAAUUAAGUUGUAAAUAAAGAUGUAAUUGAGGAGUUUU